ACUGCGCGUGAGAGGGUCGAUAUGUCGGGCGUUCGUGCCGUGAUUAUUGCAGCUGACCCCACGCGAACUUUACAGCACCUUUCAUUCAACCUUCUGUCCCCUCGAGCAUGAACCAUUUCCUCCCACCUCAGGUUUCUUCGACACCGAAUACCCCGUCGACCGUAGCGCAAACAUUCUCGCAGAAUAUGGCUUCGAUGUCGGCGAAUAAUAUGCUUCCUGGGCAGCAGCAGAGACAUUUUCAACACCAGCCGCAGCAGUCGCAGCCGCAGCAGCAGCAACAGCAACAACAACCGCAACCGCAACAACCGCAACAACAGCCCCAACCGCAGCAGCAGCAACAGUCAGCGACUCCUUUCCAAGGAACCCCCCAGCAAGCACCGACUCAAUCCGGACCAGCAGCGGCCCGGGAGAAAGCGCGUGUCUCCGUCCUCUUGGAGCUUAACUCGAUGCUGCUACAAGAAGUGGUGAACCUCCAAGCCGCAGGCAAGGCCGGAGCACCCCCUCAACAACAGGGUUCGCAGGAGUCGAACCCCUCCCCCGGAUCCGACCAGGGUGCCAGCCCAGCGCAAAAACCCAGCCCCGAAUAUAUUGAGUGCAUGCGCCGGUUACAAGCAAAUCUUGCUUAUCUCGCGACUAUCGCCGACCGGGCGAAGAAAUCGGGCGGCGUCCCUCCGCCGGCGCCUGCUAUUAUGACGCCGCCUCCGAAUAUACCGUCUAUGGUGGAGGUUUAUAACAAGCUUAAUGAGUUGUUCCCAAGACCUAACAAGGGUGGGAUCGGGACGCCGCAGCCGAGUCCGCUGGGUCUUCCUGGGAAUGGGAAGCCUAGUCCGUCGCCCACUGAGUCUGUGGUUUGAAUGUCGCCAUGGAAUCAUUUUGUCUUGCAAUUGAGGAUUGGAGAAAGAAAAACAUUAUACAAUCUUGCCGGAACGACAGGACAUUUGCGGCCAUAUGGCCAGUUAAGGGACAUCACCCAUUGCUUAUUGUCGCGCUUCACGGCUCACGGUUGGCAUCUAAGUCAGCGGCGAUGGUCAUGACCUACGAUUUUGUUGCUGAUGCUUCUGCGAUCAAGAUUGGGAUCGCACGAAGUCCAUCAAUC